AAACCGGAAGUUUGGGAGUUGGGGGCGGUGUUAAGCCUAAUUGUUUAUGUGUGAUCGUCUAGCCCGUCACGCUAAACAGCUGACUGCUCAGCUCAUUUUUAACAGAUUUUGGACAGCUUUAUUGAAUUGUAAUGCUCGGAGCAGAGCGAUCUACUCUAUCGGAACUAGCGAAAAUGACCGCCGCGAGUCAAGCAGAGAGGACUGUGCUGGAGGAGGAAUUUAAUUGGCUGCUGAAAGAGGAGGUGCAUGCAGUGCUGAAACAGCUGCAGGACAUUUUGAAGGAGGCAUCAAGGCGUUUUUCAGUGCCAUCACCAGGUCUGGAAGGACAACUGAAACAAGAGAACUUCAUUCUGGGCAGCUCAACGAUGGACCAGGUUAAAGGAGUCUUGACGCUACAAGGAGAAGCUCUGACUCAGGCUGAUAUUAAUAUCAAAGUCACUAAAAGCAGUCAAGUCAUGCAUUUUGCAUUCCGAGAUGAUAAACAGUGGAAACUGCAGCAGAUCCAGGAUGCCCGAAACCAUGUGAAUCAGGCCUUGCAGUUGCUAAGCAGCCGUGACGAGAGUUAUCACUUUAAAACUGGGGCGGAGGUCAAUAAGCUCAUGGAUGCAAUAAUGCUUCAGUUGACCCGAGCCCGUAACCGACUCACGACCCCGGCCAGCAUGACUCUUCCUGAGCUCGCAGCCAGUGGCCUAAUGAAAAUGUUCACACCUCCAAUGCCUGGGGAUGUGAUGGUGAACUUCUAUAUCAAUCUCAGUAAACUCUGUCUGACCGUCUAUCAACUACAUGUGCUGCAGCCUAACACUACUAAGAACUUCAAACCAGCAGGAAGUUCAGUACUGCAUAAUCCAGGAGCAAUGUUCGAAUACAACAACACCAAGUUUGAGGUGAGCCACGUCCAUAAGGUGGAGUGUGUAGUGCCGUGGCUGAAUGACACUCUGGUGUUUUUCACCAUUUCCCUGCAGCUCUGUCAGCAGCUCAAAGAUAAGAUUUCCGUCUUCUCUAGUUUCUGGAACUACAGACCAUUUUAAGCUACAUCUGACCAAAACUCUACAGUGAAUGAUAAUAAAAAUGACAUAAUUAUGAUCUAGAAUGCACUAGGAACAAAAAAAAUUCUGUGAACAAGUUCCAUGAGAUCUAUUGUGACUUUACUAUAUGACCAAUGUAUUCAUUGUGUGCUUCUCGUUCAGCAGAGGUAGUGAGCAUAGUUUAUGGACUGAAUGCGUUCAUUUGAAACAGGCUCUUCAGAUGAAGGAAUUCAGUGAUGUGUGUGUUGUUGUUGUUUUUUUGUGUUUGUGUUUAUGCAGUAUUUGUCAUUGCCAGUGUUGACUAUUUGUCAGUAAUCUUGCCUAUAUUGAAGCUAACCUCAUCUAACGUGUUUAAGUUUAGACAAUACACAAUGCUUACAUUCUUAUAUCACAAAGACUGUGAAAUAUUCCAGUUCAUUUCUUGUUGAGAGAUCUCUUCAAACUCAUUUUACCAGUGUUUAUUCCUUUUAAUCCAGGGGCUUUAACACUUGAACAUUAUUUAUCUAAUACCAGGGACUAUCAUCAAUGCAGCAAGAUAAUAGCAUUGAAACCAUUAUCAUAAGCUUAUAAAUGUGCAUAAAUGACCAACAGUAUAUUUGCCACUGUGACUCAACUGUGGCAUGAUUAUAUCAACACUAAAUGACCGAUAACGUUGAAUGAUGUCAGGGCUUCAUUUCCCGUCAUUCCAUUAAAACUACACACAUUCCUGAGGAUGGCUGAUUAGAGCGAAGUUCAGCAGUUCAUGAUUAAAAAAGAAUAUUACGUUGAUCCAGGGUUUGUGAUCAUUACAGAAAGGGUUUCUCUGUGUUAGUAGUUCAUUUACUCUAUUGUCAGUCUUGUUUAUUUAUUGCCACAUUUUUAUUUAUUUCAUGUUAAAUGCACUUAAUUUGUGUCCUUAUUGAUUUCACGCAUGACAAUUUGAAUAUUGCUCAAGUAAAACUGAAGCUAUUUUAAUGUAUAUUUCACGCUUAAUAUGGAAUAUUUUAUGCAAUAAACAUACUUUGUGAACAUUA